ACUCCACAGAGUGUUGAGCCCAUUUUGCUGUCUUUGACAAACGAGCGUCUUUCAGCCCACUCUUAUCGUCCUACAGGAGAGCGUAAAUCUAUUUAUCCACAUUUGGUCGUCUGCUCAGCUGCUUCCACUACCUCUGCUGCUGCUAUAUCCUCCUCCAGGUUUUCUCAGUCCUCAAAUUCCAGGGAUCGGGCUACUUUUUCGCCGACCCGGACGGCUGCUUCCGUUGCCGCAGCCAUCGUUGCGGCAGCUGCUUUUCCCGAUUGCAGGUCUGGGGAAGGAUUUUCUACUGGCAGAUAUCGGCCAUCUGGCUCUCCAGUGACGUCCUCUUGGACAGGCCAGCUCUCCGGCAACUCACAAGACACGCCCAUCCAGUCUCGUAUACUUAUCCCACCUGCCUCCUGUCCAGGUACGAGUACUCAACUUCAUCCAGUGAGUUCGGUCUCUCGACCCACUUUGGUCACUGAGACGGCCACUAUGAACCUGGCAAGCCAUAAAGCUCCAUCAACUUCGGCUUAUGGCCAAUCUUCUGUUGGCUUACUCUGUCCUACCAGUCGCGCCAACAAAGCCAUAGAUGAUAUGGGUGGCUAA